CCCGCCUCCCCCGGCCGGGGCGGCUGGUGAGCUGGGAGUCGCUGGGGCGCGCGAGGCUGCCGCGGCGCGCCUCUCACGGCAGGGGCCCGUGUGUUCCCGAACAGGAAGCCCAGAGCCGGGGCUGUGCCAGGCGCUGGGAGACAAGAGGCUGAGCCGGGCACUGCGCCCAGCAGCUGCAUGACCUCGGACGUGCAUCGUCCUUAUCUUCCUCAUCCGCACGCCGUGAUGACUGAUCAUAAUACACGAUGCUGAUGUUUCUGCAUGUCCGUGCCGGGCACAGUGACGUUGUGGAAUUCCUCACGAGUCUCUUUGUUUUGGGUGUUAUUCCCAUUUCUCAGAUGACAGCACUGAGGCUUGGAGCGCUGGAUUGACCCCGGACACCCAGCCUCUGAGAAGGGCUCAGCCAGUGGACAGUCUUGGCGAGCAGCCACGAGGGCUAGAGCCCAGGGAUGAGAGUGUCCAGGGGAGAUGUGAACCCUGCAGGGCUCCCGCCUACCUGUCGCUGAAGCGCGCCCCCCGCCCCAGGCCCAGCAUGCGCCUGUCGGUGCGGAGGGCACUGCUGGCAGCCGGCUUCGCCCUUGUCCUGGUGCUGGCGGUCCAGCUGGGGCAGCAGGUGCUGGAGUGCCGGGCGGUGCUGGGGGGCCCGCGGGGCCCCCGGCGGGUCAUGCGGCCGGAGCAGGAGGACCUGGUGAUGGUGGGCACGGACCGCGUGGAGUACCGCUACGGCAAGACCAUGCCGCUCAUCUUUGUGGGCGGCGUGCCCCGGAGCGGCACCACGCUGAUGCGCGCCAUGCUGGACGCCCACCCCGAGGUGCGCUGCGGCGAGGAGACCCGCAUCAUCCCCCGCGUGCUGGCCAUGCGCCAGGCCUGGUCCAAGUCCGGCCGGGAGAAGCUGCGGCUGGACGAGGCCGGUGUGACGGACGAGGUGCUGGACGCCGCCAUGCAGGCCUUCAUCCUGGAGGUGAUCGCCAAGCACGGCGAGCCGGCCCGCGUCCUCUGCAACAAAGACCCCUUCACGCUCAAGUCCUCCGUCUACCUGUCGCGCCUCUUCCCCAACUCCAAGUUUCUGCUGAUGGUGCGGGACGGCCGCGCCUCCGUGCACUCCAUGAUCACCCGCAAGGUCACCAUCGCCGGCUUUGACCUCAGCAGCUACCGCGACUGCCUCACCAAGUGGAACAAGGCCAUCGAGGUGAUGUACGCCCAGUGCAUGGAGGUGGGCAAGGACAAGUGCCUGCCCGUGUACUACGAGCAGCUGGUGCUGCACCCCCGGCGCUCCCUCAAGCUCAUCCUGGACUUCCUUGGCAUCGCCUGGAGUGAUGCCGUCCUGCACCACGAGGACCUCAUCGGCAAGCCCGGCGGCGUCUCCCUGUCCAAGAUCGAGCGAUCCACAGACCAGGUCAUCAAGCCCGUGAACCUGGAAGCUCUCUCCAAGUGGACUGGCCACAUCCCUGGGGAUGUGUUGAGGGACAUGGCCCAGAUCGCCCCCAUGCUGGCCCGGCUCGGCUACGACCCCUAUGCGAACCCGCCCAACUACGGCAACCCGGACCCCAUCGUCAUCAACAACACACACCGGUUCCCCAACCAGGGAUCGAUCCCGUGCUCCCUGCAGUGGAAGUGCGGAGUCUUAACCACUGGACCACCAGGGAAGUCCCUGCCCCCGUAAGGUUUAAUGUUCACUUCUCAGACAAAUGUGAGUUUAGGGCAGUUUAAAUUACUCCUUAUGUUCUCCUUAGUGUAGGUUGGUCAAGGGGAAGGGACUUUGAGAAGAUGUUUUUGGAGCAUAAAAGUAGGCUAAUCCUGGGUAGAAGAAGAGUUAAGUCAAUACUAUUCACAUGUGGCCGUCACAGCUUCUGCUUUAUUUUGGGUGCUGUGUUCUGACUUUCGCAGAGACACUAAGUUAAUGAAAAUAUCUGAAAAGGGGACCCAGGCCUAAGGAAGAGCCCUCCUAGCCCUUACAUCAUAGAGACCGGAGUUUUAAUCUACGCUGAGCUUUGCAUUUCUGAGGACAUGCUGAUUUUAGAAAGUAAACAAUUCUUUUUUUUUCUUCUUUUUUUUAUCACAGUGUAACUGAGUUGUAUUAGUUUCAGGUGUACAACAGAAUGAUUUGAUAUUUGUACACACGGCAAAACAGUCACCACAAUUUGAGUCUAGUCACCUGCCGUCUGUCACUGUACAAAGUUAUAAAAUAUGCAGUACGCUGUUAUCGACCGUAGUCGCUCUGCUGUACUUUACAUCCCUUUGGCUCAUUUAUUUUAUUUUAUCUUGACCUCCUUCACCCAUUUCUCCUCCCCCUCCCAACCCAACAGUUCUUGUAUUGAAUCAGAAAGGGAGAAAGUUGUUCCUCUCUUAUUCUCCUUUAAUUCUUCUGUGGACUCAAGGAGAAAGACUCCAUUUGGUGCCAGCAAGUCCUUAACAUGUGCAAGCUGUCUUCCUUUUUUUUUUUCCCUCUAUUUUUUGGCCACACCAUGCACCAUAUGGGAUCUUAGUUCCCUGAUCAGGGAUCGAACCUGUGCCCCCUGCAUUGAAGUGCAGAGUCUUAACCACUGAACCACCAGGGAAGUCCCGACAGCUUUCUUUUUAACAGAGAGAAUUUGCACACACUGAGUGUUGGCGGCUCUGCCCUUGUCCUUGAGGUGUAAGCCCAUCUAUAGGUCUCAUUACGUCUUCUUCCCCGGCAUCGGUUGAUUCUGUAAACAUCUGCUUGUGGAAACACUCAGAGAUCCAAGGUGGAUCCCCAGAGUGCAUGG